UAUGCUCUCCGCUCUAAACACAAUUAUCGUCUUCCUUGCCUGCGGGACUCCGAUUAUGCUCCCAAAGACAACAUAAAGGACACACACACAAGCCACCACACAUAGGAUUGGCAGGAAUUUGUUUUAAUUUUUAAUUUGUGCAUUUGGUUACAGUUGUCACCUUAGACUUGGAACCGAAACUACACUGCGUAUACGUGUUGCUUGUUUAUAUACGGAUGUGUGCCUAAGGAUAACAACUGGAAAACAACUGUAGGCUGUUUAAAAAUAUUAAAUAGAAAAGUACGAAAAAGGAGCAAAAUUAACAACAGUUGAAAAUGGGUAACGAAACAUCGCUGCCAAUGGACAUGUGCUCCAAUUUCGAUGCGGAUGAGAUCCGAAGGCUGGGCAAACGUUUUCGCAAACUCGAUCUGGACAAUUCGGGGGCAUUGAGCAUAGAUGAGUUUAUGUCGCUGCCGGAAUUGCAGCAGAAUCCAUUGGUGCAGCGAGUCAUCGAUAUAUUCGAUGCCGAUGGCAAUGGCGAAGUCGAUUUCAAGGAAUUCAUCCAGGGCGUCUCACAGUUUAGCGUGCGGGGCGAUAAGCUGUCAAAAUUACGUUUCGCCUUUCGCAUUUAUGAUAUGGAUAAUGAUGGCUACAUCUCCAAUGGCGAACUGUUUCAGGUGCUCAAAAUGAUGGUUGGCAACAAUCUGAAGGAUACGCAAUUGCAACAGAUUGUCGAUAAGACCAUAUGUUUUGCCGACAAGGAUGAGGAUGGCAAAAUCUCAUUCGAUGAGUUCUGCUCUGUGGUCGGCAAUACGGAUAUUCAUAAGAAAAUGGUUGUUGAUGUUUAAAUUAAAAGCGGCCAAUAGAUACACAAACACUAUCGACUAACGGUAUACCUACUAAUGAAUUUCAACAUUUUUUUUUCAUUACAAAUUGAUGUACCUAUUUAUGUAUAUGUAAAUUGCAUAUGUGCUAUACGAAAGUACACUCAGAAUGAAUCCAUCAGUUGUUGUACGAAAAUCAAGUGCAAACCAUUGUUAAUAGCCAAUCUAAGAUUGAAAUUCCAAGAGCAGAGUACGUUAUUCAAAAAUUUCAAGAAUUUUUCUUUGUAAUUCUGAAUUUCUUAAAUCUUAAUCUGUUUCGAGAUUAGUUAACUACAAUUGCUUAUAAAUUAGGAACUUGGCUAUAUUGAGAUCGAUAUAUUGAUCAAAUUUGAACCAAGUUCAAGUUCUUAAAUCCAUAUUGACAUCCACAUCAAAUAACACAAAAUUAGCAUAAUUCAAGAAUUUCAGUUCUUCAGCAAAGAUCUACUAAUAUGCCGUCUUUGUUUUUUUUUUAUGUGUUUGGUAUGUGUGUUUUUGUCGAUUUUAGAAUCAGUAAUGAUUUAUACUAAUUUAAGAAUGAUAGGAACUCAAACCCGGCCGCACUUGAAUUGAGAACAGCGUGUUUUGUGAGUGUACGUGUAUGUGUGUGUAAUUAUUUAAGUGCGUGCUAACUGGCACAACAACAACUAACACAAUACGAAUAACUAAAAAAAAAAAACAAAAAAAUCAAAAGACAUACUUAAAAAUAACAAAAAAUGAAAAAGAAGGCAAGGAAAAUAUGAACUAUGAACUCGAAUUUUAUACCAAUUUCCAAAUUGACCUAUUCCCAAGAACGAGUACGUUGAGCGUGUGAAAUGAACAUGUGGGAAACUGGUAUGGGACUUAAGCACUUUUAUCCCAACGCCUCCCCCUCUCAAUAUACAUUUUCGCUCUCAAUCUCACUCCCCCUCCCCCCAAAGUCUAAUCUCUGUGUGUCUUAUAACAUCCCAAAAAGAAAUGAAGCAUCAUUAAAGCUAGCUGCUAAUCCAAAACUAUGUAUGUGUUUUGUGCCUGGCUCAUUUCCGGAUUUUAAACUGAUUUUUACUAUGCAGGGCAGUGCAAGGAGUUUUGAUUAUCGAUAGCAUAUAUUUUAAAUUUUUUUCUUCUUGGUUUUCUUUUUAUUAAUUUUAGAUAUAUUCUAUUCAAGUUUAUAUUUGUAAACUAAUUAAAUGUUGUGUAUUAAGUAUGAAUGUACAAAACAAUUCCUUGAAUAUUGUUCAACUAAAAUAAAACUGUAAACUGAAAAUGAA